AUGAAUGUGAAACUAAUCAUCAUUUUUGGUUGCAUCACGUCUAUAAUUGUUAUACUUGCUUCUGUCACCACUACUUUCUACGUGUACAACAAAAUGAACCUAUUCUACCUGAGGUCUAUGCGUGAUAUCGACGAGUUUAAGGUUUAUGCAGAUGACGCGUGGAUGGAAAUGAUAACUACCAAAACUGUCUUUUCCAAUACGAACCUGCAGGACCACGCAAUCAGAACAAAGCGAUCAAAUGACUGUCAUUGCAAACAGGAGAGCUGUACAUGCUUAACAAAGCACAAUAAGUGCCCAGCAGGACUGCCUGGACCUCCUGGGCAAGCGGGAAUCCCAGGUCUGGAUGGAGUACCAGGUAAUGACGGGUCCUCAGGUAUCAAAGGAAUGGCAGUGGUGUCAGAAGAUGCAUUUGGAUGCGUGCAGUGCUCGAACGGGCCUACCGGACCACCUGGUCCCGAUGGAGACCUCGGUGAGCCAGGAAAAGAUGGCGCCGCAGGAUUACCGGGCCCAAACGGACGCGAUGGCAGUCAUGGUCUUCCUGGAAGUCCUGGCGAGCCUGGAACACCUGGUGAGCCAGGGGCAUACGGUGCACCAGGAAAACCUGGGCACCCCAGUAAACGUGGAAAAGGCGCUCCAGGACCACCUGGGCAUCCCGGUCCACUUGGACCAGUUGGCAGCCCUGGACCUGACGGGGAAAGCGGUGAAGACGGCCGAGAGGGACCUGAGGGUCUGCCAGGUGAACCAGGGCAGGCAGGAAAACUAGGUGACGAAGGAGUAUCAGGGGCGCGCGGAGAGGAAGGCAUACCAGGGGUAGACGCUGCCUACUGUCGAUGUCCACCGCGCAGCCCACAACUCUUCGAAGGUCAUCAAGCAAAAUUGAUUAAUUUGGCCGGCACAAUUCCAUGA